CUCUGUGGCCAUCGGAACCGAGGUCCGCCUGCCAAGACCUGGCAAGGAUUCGACUUUGUUGUGGCGUCUUCUUCAGCCGCGCAACAGUUUUGUUUGAAGCGUCAACACGUGCGGUAGUCACUCGUCCUUGGUCCUGCUACCCGAAUAUUGUCCAACUUUUGUGAAAGGACUCGCUUACUUUCGCGUAGCGCGAAAUAAAUAUACUUAUUGCAAAAGUGCACGUCAGUCAGUCAGCAAUCGAAGCGAAUCGAAUCGAAUCCAAUUGAAUAAAGUCUCAAGUGCUACCUCCUCCAGAAAUACCAACAAAAUAAGGAAAAAACAAAGCACCCAAUUUAACCGAUUUAUUAAUGAUUUUUGUUGUUUUUGUUGCGUGCCGGCAUUAAUACAAAAUAGAAAAUAAAUUCAGAAUUAGGCGAAGGAGCAGGGCAAGUCGGGCGGCUGAAUUAAUCAAAUUAAAAGUACUUGGCCGUGCAAUUACGCAGAAUGCCGUUUGCCUUUUAAGUUGCAUAUUGUUCGGCGAUCUGAGGAGGAGUGCGAGCAGUGCGGACUGAAGCAGAGCGGAUUGGACUGAACUGGACUGGAGUGGAGUGGAGUGGAGUGGCGUAGAGCUGAGAAGCGGAAAGGCGGAAAAGCGCGGAAAAGCGGAAAAACGACGAACGUUAAGCAGGCGAGGUGAGGUGGAGAAGAAGUGCCACUGACAGUGGCAGUAAGUUACGGGCCAAGUUUCGCCGGAGUCGCCUUGUCGCUGGCGCAACUGGCAUAACUCAGAGCUGAUGAAAUAUGGAGCUGCUGCAGGCCCUUUGCUGUACGCUGCUCCUGCUUUUGGCCAGGAUGCAAGUUCUGCUUGCUGUCAGCUGGGAGGAUUGGUGGACAUACGAUGGCAUCUCAGGACCUGCCUUUUGGGGCCUCAUCAAUCCGGAAUGGUCGCUCUGCAACAAGGGUCGUCGCCAGUCGCCGGUCAAUCUGGAGCCCCAACGCCUGCUAUUUGAUCCCAACUUGAGGCCCAUGCACAUAGACAAGCACAGGAUAUCCGGACUGAUCACUAAUACGGGACACAGCGUCAUCUUCACGGCCGGCAAUGAUACGGUGGCCAACUACGACGGUAUGCAGACGCCGGUGAAUAUCUCGGGCGGACCGCUGUCGUACCGCUACCGCUUCCACGAGAUCCACAUGCACUACGGAUUGAACGACCAAUUCGGAUCGGAGCACAGUGUCGAGGGCUACACGUUCCCGGCGGAGAUACAAAUAUUCGGCUACAAUUCCCAGCUGUAUGCAAAUUUCUCAGAUGCCCUCAAUCGCGCCCAGGGCAUCGUGGGCGUCUCCAUUCUGCUGCAACUUGGAGAUCUCUCGAAUGCGGAGCUGCGCAUGCUCACCGAUCAGCUGGAGCGCAUUCGCUAUGGCGGCGAUGAGGCAUUUGUAAAGCGUCUCUCCAUCCGCGGACUGCUCCCGGACACGGAUCACUAUAUGACCUACGAUGGAUCCACAACGGCACCUGCCUGCCACGAAACAGUCACCUGGGUGGUGCUCAACAAGCCCAUCUACAUCACAAAGCAACAGUUGCACGCCCUGCGCCGCCUGAUGCAGGGCAGCCCAGACCACCCGAAAGCGCCCCUGGGCAACAAUUACCGGCCACCCCAGCCGCUCCUGCACCGGCCCAUUCGCACCAAUAUUGAUUUCAAGACGACGAAGUCGAACGGCAAGGCCGCCUGCCCCACCAUGUACCGCGAGGUCUACUAUAAAGCGACCAGUUGGAAACAGAACUAGAAGUCAGCGACGUGAUGGCGUAACGUAACGUAUCGUAAGCGUAAGCGUAUGACGUAAGUAGCGAGCGGCGUGCAACAGGAGCUUCCACUAAACAUACAUAUAAACAAGGCGAUGCCGAGGGAAAAGGACGCGGACCGGAAGGAUUCAGAUGGUAAAGGGAAGGGACAAGGAGUGGGGUAGAGGAUCACAAAGGAAUCAGUGCAGCAGCGGCCAAAAAAAAUGGCGAUUGGAAUUACACACAUCUAUAAAUAUAAAUAGGCAAAGGAAUAAUAUGGAUAGCGAUUACGAUUACGAUAACUAGCAUUAAAUGUGAAUUUUUUUUGUCUCCCCCGAAACGAAAAUCAAUCAGACCUUGAUUGCUGUCAGAGGUUACUUUUUUUUGUGUGUGCAUAGCGUAAGUACAAUAACGAUUAAAAACAA